UUUACAGUUGUAGUCCGUUGAUGGUAUGAAGAAGUACGGUGUCCGGUGACUAAUAUUGAGAAAAGAAAAAUAAUAUUUAUUUUAUUAAACAACUUUUCCAAGUAAAAAAGUUUAUAGCGGUAGAAAAGAAAAUUACAAAAAUUAACAAGUUACAAAAACAAAAAGUACUUAAAGUUGAUGAGAGGCUCAAUAAAAUUUAAUUAUUAGAUAUAAAAUUCAGUGCAAUGCUACAUUUAAAGAACAGUUAGUGGCAAUUCAAAUGAAAGUGCGAAACAAAGCAAAAAAUGUUCCUAAAAAUAAUUUUUACAUUUACGAUAAUAUUGGUCGCCGCAAAAGCUCAACAAAAUACUGGUCUAAUAAAUUACUAUAACACUCAAAAUAGUUCAUUUAUACGUAACGAUGAAUAUAUCGAAGUUGUGAGACAACAAAAUGAUUUUCACAUUUGGUAUUAUUCGCUACAAAUUGAAUCGUUUCGAGACGUCUAUUUAAAUCGCAUAAAUGCAAUUGGCGUUCAGCAAAAAUUACUUGUGGGGGAAAUUUCGCGAGCCAAUGAAAUGUUAAUGCCCCUUACAGUGUUGAGUGAUUUUAGUCGAGAAUGUGUUGAGAAAUAUAAAAACUUGAUACCAUCCGAGACAGCAGCCGAAAGUGAAGUGGAACGUUGCAUGCUUACGGGUCGAGGGCAACUAAAUUCGUUGAUCAACUCUAUGGUCUCCACCAAUCAGACUUUAAGCACCUAUUAUGUCGGCACCUUUGAAAAAGGUGUUACCAAUUGCCGUAGCAAAUUCAAUGCAUCCAACCCCCUUAAUUAUGUCCAGUGUUUGGCUGAUGUGGUGUCUGCUUCAAAUGUCUAUACCGUGGAUAACCAAAGGACAUUCUCCGCCCAAUUGGAACUGGCUAAAGGCUCAGCUAAUGUUUAUGUAAAGCAAGCCCAUGAAUGCAGCUUUUCAGUUCAAAACAGUACCAUUUCCAAUAUCCGGAGUGCCGCCAAUCUUAUUGAUCUCUGCCUUAAUGAGACGGUGGAUGAAAAUCCCGACUGUGAAGGAUACUGUGAGGAAGUUCUCAUUAUUCCUGCAUCGAUGAUUGAUCCCAAUGGUACAAAAAUGGCGAAUCCAUUUUUUGGUCGCAACGAGACGGGAGAAUGUUUAACUUUUGAUAUUUGGGAUUUGUAAACGAAUAUUUCUUUUAUGUUUCAUUAAUAAAAGCAGAAUGCAGAAUUUAA